AUGUCUCGACAACGCCAUCGUUCCAACACACUCAAACGCAAGCAGCCGUUAGGUUUUGCCGUCCACUCUCUGCCCGACGAGCUUCUCUCCCAUUUAUCCAACCCAUCUACAGGCGCAGCAGAAUUCCACAAUCGCUCUUCAAGAAGUGUUCGUCCGCUGCUCUUUGACGCAGCUGAUUUUAGUGAAUAUGCUCACUCAACAGUGUCCUCCAGCCCCGGUGUUUCGCGCCCGUCGACCACCAGGCCUCCGACGCGUGCGACGACCGCGUCUGGACGCAAGUCUCGCGCCAGCGCGUCAACCAUCCUCGGGCAGAGCGAGAGCGAGACCAUCAUAUGUGCCGUCAGCGAGGCGCGCGGCGUGACACGGUCCGUGGGCGUUGCCUUUGUAAAUGUUACGCUCGGCAAAGUCACGAUGAGUCAAAUCUGCGAUAACCAGUCCUAUUUCAAAAGCAUACACGAGAUUCAGAUGAACAAGCCGACUAGGAUUAUAUUCAUGUCCACAGCAUGCCCACCCAGUCGACCAAGCACGCUAUACGACCUGGUGAACAACUUAAUUCCUGAGGCAAGGAUCGAUCUCUAUGACAGGGCCGCCUGGGCUGCAUCGUCAGGUCUAGACUUGCUCCGGAACCUUGCAUUUGAGACCGACGUCAGUCCCUUGACAGUGGCUAUCCAAGAGAAAUACUAUGCUACCUCGUCGGUUUGUGCAGCCAUGAAGUACAUCGAGCACCAAUUUGCAAUCACGUUUGUGCCCCAUUCUCUCCGAAUCAGCUACCAGCCCUCAGACGGAACCAUGAUGAUUGAUAUUUCAGCGUUUCAGUCUCUGGAGAUUAUGCAGAAUGCCCGGGACCCCAAAUCGAAGGAAUCUCUCUUUGGGCUCCUAAAUCAGACUACCACGCCCAUGGGAACCCGAAUGCUUCGACGGAAUAUGCUGCAACCCCCAACGCAUGUUGAGGCCGUUGUGAGGCCUCGGCACGACGCUUUGGAAGAGCUCACAACGAACGAAGAAUUGUUCCAGGAUGUCCGGAGAGUAAACACGAACAACGAUCUUCGCCACGUCGAGGAACAGAUCAAUCAGGUGCUGAUGAUGAAGAGCUUUUUCGAAGCCAUUCCUGAAUUAUAUCAAGCUCUUGUGCCAGCCAGAAGCCCAUUGCUGACCAAAGCGCGCGACAUAUGCCACCCUGAAAUCACCGGUAGAGCUCUUCACCGCAUUCGACAGGUCAUCGAAGCCGAUGUAACGUUCACGAGGUCCCCUCUAGACCUGAGGAACCAGAGAACAUUUGCCGUCAAAGCUGGCAUCAGUGGCAUGCUGGACGUCGCGCGACAGACGUAUAAGGAGUUGACAGAGGAGAUUCACAAGCAUGUGGACGAGUUGAAUGAGAGAUUCAAAUCAGCGGCAGCGUUGAAGUUUGACAACGGCCGCAAAUACUGGCUUCGGAUCAAAGCAUCAGAUUUUGACGGCGGCCAGCUACCAGGCUGCUUUGUCAAUGUUGUGCGCAAACGAGACAAGUUCGAGUGCCAGACACUGGAUCUCAUCAAGCUAAACCUCAGACUGUCCGAUACGUCUAAUGAGGUUGUCAUUCGGAGUGACGCGGUCAUCGACGAGCUGAUUGCAGACAUCCGCUUGGAAGCGCCUCAGUUCUUCCGGGUGUGCGAAUCAGUGGCCCUGGUAGACAUGAUUGCUUCUUUUGGUCAGUUAGCAACCACGCGAGACUAUGUCAAGCCCGAGGUUGCUGGCACUCUGGCCCUCAAAGCGGCCAGACAUCCCAUCCGUGACAAGAUGCACGGCGCUGAGUUCAUCCCGAACGAUUACUACUCGACCGAGCAAUACUGCUUUCAUAUUGUCACAGGCAGCAACAUGAGUGGUAAAAGCACCUACAUCCGCAGCAUUGCGCUGCUUCAGAUUAUGGCCCAGAUAGGGUCAUUCGUCCCAGCUGAAUACGCCGCUUUCUCCAUUAUUCACCAAAUGUUUGCUCGAGUAUCUAUGGACGACAGUAUCGAGUCAAAUCUGUCCACUUUCUCAGUCGAAAUGCAGGAGAUGGCAUUCAUCCUGCGUAACAUCAACGACCGCAGUCUUGCCAUUGUAGACGAGCUCGGUCGAGGGACGAGUAGUAGUGAUGGACUGGCUAUUGCCAUAGCCAUGUCCGAGGCUCUGAUUCAGAGCAAGGCGUCCGUCUGGUUCGCUACGCACUUCAUCGAGCUGGCACGUGCGCUUGCAGAAAGACCUGGGGUUCUCAACCUCCAUCUGUUGGCGUGCAAUACGGUCACUCCAGAUGGACUGCCUCAAAUCACUAUGCUGUAUAAGGUUGAUUCCGGAUACAUGGACGACGAGAUUCACUACGGCAUCAAUCUGGCGCGGGCCGUAGGCCUGCCAAAGUCAUUCACCGACAAGGCUGAAGAGGUGGCAAACUACUUGCGGACAAAACGAGCGGCGAACCAGCAAAGUUCCGAGUCACGUAGUCUCAUGGCACGUCGCAGGCUGAUCCUGAAUCUACAUGAGGCACUCAAGCAAGCCAAGGAUGCGACGGACCCGAGCGUGCUGCCAGGGUACCUCCAACGGUUGCAGGAGCAGUUCAUCACCCGCAUGGAAGAGCUGGAUCAGAAAUGA